AUGUAUUUUUUACCUUUCCUAAUUUUAGAAGUGAUUAGCUUUUCAUAAGAGAACACAUCAGUUUGUAUUAAAGAAAUGAAUAGUCUACUAUCUCUACCAUUAAACCAAUAAUUACAAUUAGUAUUACCCUAUUAUUUAAUCUCUGGGGACUGGAUUUAGAAAUUUGGAUAUUAUGAUGCAUGUUUAAGAGAAGAUUAAGCUUAUUCUUCUGUCCAAAUAGAUUAAAUCAUGUACAAAUUGUAUUAUGGAUUUUGCCAUUCUAACAUUUGUUCUGCUGAUGAUUUUAACUCUCAAGAUGGUCAAUAUAUCAUAAAGAAUUUGCUUAAUAACAGUGGAAUAGCCAAUUUACUGUAGGUAUAAAUUUGAAAUAACAUCUAGAUGAAUCUAACAGCAACAACCUUAACAUUCUAUAAUCCUUUAACAUAUUAUCCUCAUCUUGGAUUAGGAACAUAUGUUACAUCAACAAUAAUAUUUAUAUUGAUAAUAUUGGUUUCAAUAGAUCCUAUAUUGAGAUUGAUAAAAGCAUGCAAAAGUUCUCAUACUCCUGAUGUUCGAGAUGAUAUUAUUGAAGAAUAAACACUUCCUACUGUUAAAGGAAUAGUAAAAAGUGAAACUUAAGAGAAUUAAAACCUUAUCAUUAAAGAUUUUUCAAUAAUUUAAAAUUACAAUAAGAUUAUGAAUCUUAAGACAAUUGAUCCAAAUUUAGCUAUGUUUAAUGGUAUUAGAGCUAUAUCAUUUAUGAUGGUUGUGUAUGGACAUGUAUGUGAAAUGACUGCUACAUCUACAUAUGUAUAAGAAGUGACUUUAGAAUAUAAGAAAUGGAGUAUUAUAUUUUUAUAUGAUAUGAUGUAUGCUGUUGACAUUUUCUUUUGGGUAGGAGGAUUCUUUUUAGGUUAUGUUAUGUGUGAUGAAAAGAAAACAUAAUCUUUAAAGAAAUAUCCAUUCUCUAUUAUUUUGAGUGUAAUUCAUAGAUUAAUGAGGAUAUGGCCUUGUUAUCUAUUAUGUAUUGCUAUCAACUCAUACAUAAUUCCAUAUUUAGGAAGUGGACCUAGAUGGUUUCUAGAAGAGGGAGCUACACAAUGUCCAGGAGGUGCAUGGAAGAAUGCAUUUUUUAUUGAUAACUUUUAUGAAGAUUGGCAACUUUGUUUUGGAUGGGGAUGGUAUUUAACAUGUGACUUUUAAUUAUUUUUAACAUGUUUAAUCCCUAUUUUAGUUUAUUGUUUAAAUUAUAAAACAGGAUCAAAAAUCUUAAUUUUGUUGAUGAUUUUAGGUAGUUUAGGAUGGGGAUAUUAUUUAAGUAUACAUUAUAAUUUCUUGAUUCCUGGUAAGAAUACUUAUAAUCCUGCUUAUUAUUAUAAGUAUUAUGUAAGUACUUAUGCAAGAGCUCCUCCUUAUUUUUUGGGAUUAUUUAUAGGUAUAUGUUAUAGAGAGUUAAAAUAAUCAAAAGAGAGAGGAAAUUAUAAUAUUCUCAAUAAUUGUAGAUCUUUAAUUUAAACAAGUGGAAGUAGAAUAUUAUUCUAAAUUGUAUGUUAUGGAGUAGGUUUUGGUUUAAUGCUUUUUUAAUUUUUGGGAUGGAAAAAGGAAUUCAAUAGUUUAGAAUUAAUAUGGCCUUAAUGGUUUUAAAAUAUCUAUCAUGCAUUAUGUAAAUUUAUAUUUACUUUUGGUAUGACUUUAAUUACAUUACCAAAUUUAGUUGGUGCAUAUGAUAUGUAUUUAUAUAUUUUAUAUGAUUAGAUUUAAUCGCAAAUUUAUGAAUAAUACUUUGUUUAAAUUUAUGGCUAAGAUAUCUUUUUCAAUGUAUUUAGUUCAUUUAAUGUUUAUUGUUAUAAUUACUGAGACUUUUUAUGAAACACCAUCAUUUAUAUAAACAGAUUUAGUGACAGGAUUUGUAUGUGCUGUAUUUCUUUCUGUAGUGUUUGGUUUGAUUUUAUCACUUUUAGUAGAAUUACCUUUUGGUAAUUUGGAUAAUCGCUUAACAAAGCUAUUGUCAGCUCCAUAGAAAAAGAAAGAAUCAUUAUUAAAUUGA